AUGGCCACCGUCGGCGGGCGUGCCAACCUCCGCGCCGUCUUUGCGUGCAACGUCGCCUUGCCGCUCCUCAUCUAUGCGAUUGCGGCCAAGCACACGUCCGACGUGAACGCGAUCGCCUUGUCCGCGCUGCCGCCGCUGCUCAAGGGCCUCUACGGCGUGCUCUGGCACCGCGAGACGGACAGCCUCUCGCUGCUCCAGGUGCUCUCGACAGCGACGUGCAUUGGGCUCACCGAGGCGCUGCACAACCCACGCAUCUUGCUAUUCAAAGACUCGUUCUUUUCGCUCGCGUUUGCUGCCUCGUUGCUUCUAGGGCCAUGCCUCCAGGACGAUUGGAACGUGCUCUGGCGCAUCUACUGCGCGACGGCGGUAGACACGCGCCGCCUCGAGGCCUCGUGGUGCGAUCCGGUCGUACGCCGACGCUUUCGCCGCCUCUCGUGGCUCUGGGGCACCAUCUUCUUGGUCGAAAACAUGCUCAAGAUCUGGCUCAUCCUGACGUACCCCGUCAGCACGGUCGUGUACGUCCUUCCGGUCCUUGGCAUCGCCUUGGUGACGCUCGUCGUGUCGCUUACCUUUGCGUACCUCCAGCGCAUGCAGCGGCUCGACGCGACCCGUCCCGAUCGCGUCGGUCUACUCUAG